GCAACGGUGCCCGGCAGUAGUCGUGUAACUGCACUCGUAUGAGACACAUGGCGCGCGCGUUUUUCGCUACAAACUCAGUGGUGUUGUUGCUUGCCAUCAUAGCAAGCACGCAGGCUCAGCAGCGAGAUGCCAGAUUUUUCAACGCAGGAAAUUUCUGGGAUGGAUUUGAAAGCGGAUUGUCGAAGGCUGGAGUCGAGGUACAGAAGAGACUGGACAGCAAUCUAGAGACCGCAAUGGACAACCUGUCGUACCUCGGCAAGUCUAUCGGAUCGUUAUCUGACCGCAUCGAGUCUCAGGUGCAAGAAUCGCUGCCCAACUGGAUGCGCGAUCCACCCCGCCGGCGGCUCCACGUGAGCUCCGUCAACGACGAACCUGUCGAGGCGGUCAUGGGCAGCUUCGGAGAAGAUGGACUGGACGAUGGGCUUAAGGUAUACUUGAAGGGCGACGCAGACAAAGCUGGAGAGCUGCCGGAACCUCACAUUAUUCCCGGCGAGUCGGUGGACUCCUUCAUGGGUUUCGACAAGGAAGAAUCUAAUCCCGAGGCAGAAGUGUUGCCUCCACCUCGCAACGGCGGGCCUCUUUUCGACUUCAGACUCAACAUUGACGAUAGUUUCCCCAGAUUGCCCGACAUGGUCGACUUCGCUCGUCCUUUCUUCUUCAACGCCCCCCGAUACCAGCCAUGGUGGAAAGGCGAGAACGUGUGCCUCACCGAGAGCGAAAUUAACGAAGCAGAAGCUGAUGCUACCGACGACACGCCAGGCGAGAGCAGCGGUAACAGUAACGGUACCACUAUCGUUACCGAUGACGCCGUUACCGAAGCCGACGAUAUCAUUAAGGGCGAGAUCGAGCGCGAGAAACGCGUUCAAGGAGAAGAAGCGGCGGCCGCUGACUCUGGCUUAGGCUUCUUCUUCAGUCAGAUGGAGAUCAAGUCUUGCAGCGAGGGCCCUGAAAAAUACACAUGCACAACAAGGACUCGCAAACGCGGCAUCAACCGCACCAUUCGCCAAGAAUAUCGCUGCUGUCACGGCUUCGUAAGAGAGCUCCAAGGAUGCACAAAAGUUGACCUGGUGCCCCUGCCCGACUCGCUGGAAGCCUUGGGCUUGACUGACUUCCUCUCGCUCGCCAAGAAUGCCGGCCUGGUAGAGGUUCUCCGUACCAUGAACCUCACCAUCUUUGCUCCCAAUAACGAAGCCGUGCAAGACUACACUUCUGACCUCACCGAGAGAAAUGACUUGGACAUCACAGACAAUGAAGUAUAUCGUCGCAAACGCUCCGCUGGCAGCGAUAUCAUCACUGUUGUGAACUCACAUCUCGUUAACGGCUUCUACUAUGCCGGAGACCUGGAGGAUGAACAGAUCAUCAAGACGCUGUCGGAUGGGUCGACGGUGCGUAUCAACGUGUACGCCCAGCAGACUCCGGCGAUCGUGACGGCGAACUGCGCCCGCGUGGUCACUGCCAAUCAACACUCCAGCAACGGCGUCAUCCACACCCUCGACCGCGUCAUGACGCGCGCCUCCCGCUCCAUUGCCGACAUCAUCGGCAGCGACCCGCAGUUUACCACUCUCAAAAAAUUGAUGAGCGAGGCUGGGAUGCUGCAGACGCUCCGCGACGACGGACAACUGACGCUCUUCGCGCCCACAAACGCGGCGUUCGCUGCCCUUCCUGACGGGGAACUCGAUGCUCUCUUUGAGGGCUCUGCGUGCCUGCCCGCCGUCCUGAAGAACCAUGUAUUGCCGAACGUGAUCUGCACGGCUGCCAUCACUAACCCAGAAGCCAAGACAGUUAACCUGCUGGAGAAGUACCUGAAAAUAACCAUGCGUGACAGCGGCAAACUCUUCGUCGAAGACGCCCAGAUUGUUGCCAAGGAUAUCAUGGCUUCUAAUGGUGUAAUCCACAUCAUCGACGCUCCUCUCAUGCCUCUUGAAGCCAAGCCUGUUCUGGAAGUGUUGGAGAAACAGAACCUUACAAGGUUCCUAGAACUUCUCGAGCUUGCUGAGCUACGGAAUGAAAUCAAUGAACUGAAAGACGUCGUUGUUUUCGCCCCCAGCAACGAAGCCUUCGACAACGUCCGCAGCGAAUACCUCGAGGAACUCAAGAACGACGUGGAGCGUCUGCGCGAAGUGCUUCGCUACCACAUCACCACUUCACCACUCAACCAACGCGACGUCAGAAACAACCACAUCUCCAACACCCAGGCCGGCCACCCCCUCAGAUUCAAUCUCAACAGCGGGCCUUCGUUGUUCAGCUUCCUUAGCCCGUCCGCGUCGCGCGUGCGCAUGACCGCAGGCUGUGGGCGCGUGACGCUCAUGGACUCACGCGCAUGCGGCGCGUCGGUGCACGUGGUCGACACGCUCCUCGAGCCCGCCAGGGAAGACGUCCUCGCCGCCCUCCAACGAGAUCCUAACUUCUCCAUCUUCACUAAAAUUGCCAAGGAAUCGAAGAUGGCGAGUGAACUAUCAGGACCCGGACCGCUGACGGUGCUGGCUCCGUCGGACCACGUCUUCCGCACCCUGCCGCAGGAGGAGCUGGACAGCUUGCUGGCUGACGAGGAGCUGAAGGAGGAGAUCGUCAGGCGACACACUUUGCGGGAGCACAUGUGCUGCUCGAGCAUCCCGUACAACUCGUUCCCAUUCAGCAACCACGCACGCACAGCACACGGCGACACCCUGCACCUCCACCAGAGCCCCGGCGGCCUCCUGAAGGCGGGCUCAGCGCGCAUCACCAACUGCUCCAGCCCUAAGAGCAACGGCCUCAUCCACACCGUCAACAGGUUGUUCGUUGAGCCUCACGUGGCGCGUGAGCGUCCCAUCACCGACCGCUGGAACUCGGUGCGCCCUCUGGUGCUGCGCCUGCCGUCCUUCACACACACCAUCUUUGGCCACUGAUGUCUUCCGAUGUCCACCAAAACGUGACCACGCAGGAGCGCCGCAGCAGCAAUGUUGCGGUUUAAGGCUGAACGGAAACUUGUAGCGAAGUAAAUGUUCGUCAGCUUGGUUUUUGGUUUUGCAUGUCAUGGCUCCAGUUGUUUACCUGCAAGUAAGACGAGUUUUCCAUUUCAAAAGCAUACAAAAAUACAAACUUUUGACAAUAUAUAUAUAUUUUUUUAAUUUCGAACAAUGUUUUCUUUCAUUCGUUCAAGUUUCAAUAUUUUUUGUCUCCUUCCAUUAUUUUCAAUGACGUACUUUUUCUCAUUAGUAUAAGUACGUACUAAAAUUUGUAAUAAAUAAUUAGUUCGGGUCCAAAUUCCUCUGUUUUUAGCAAACGUGCACAUUUGCAUUCAAGAGAGUUUGCCGUGUGAACGAACUAACAAUAUUACAGCGCCGAGGGCCACAUAUAUAUUACGAUGCAACUUUUAGUUGUAAACAAAAUAGAAAGAAUAUAUCUUCACCUUCGAAUUUAUUAUUAAGUUUAAUUUAGUAUUUAAGUUCAUUCAGUUAGAUUUUAUGAAUGCUAUUAUCUACAGUUGUCAUCAAGUUCUAUAUCUUGUUCUGUUAUAUUUACUGUCCCAAUCCUACGGCAUUACUUCCUUGUUUAGAUUUUGAUGUCAUUGAUUAUUCUUUAAUAAAAUGCAUAGAAAUUGA